AAAUUAUAUAAACUAGGAUUAAAAGGAUUUUAUGUGAAAGAUGACAAUGACAGUACAGGAGAGGAACAAGCAUCUGAGGAGGAGAACCAUUGUCCCAAUGCGACAUUAAAGGUGAAUACUAAUCAUGCUCUCAACCUGGAAGAAGUUGAACUGGACUCGGAGGCCGAGCUUAUGAAGAGUAUGGGAUUGCCUCUUCAGUUUGGUGGGCAGUCUGCCCACAGGGACUUUGUGGCAACAGAAAAUUACAGAAAGAGGAGCAACAUUAAGAUUAUGAAAAAGAAAAAGAAGAAGAAAAAAGAGUUACAGGAAAAACAUGAGGAUAAAAUAGGGUUAAUCCAGGAUCGAGCUUGUGGUGGUCAUACUCAGUCUGUUUCUGGUGGGCUGGCCCUAGCUACAGAGCAGUGGGAGAACAGCAGCAAACCUCAGUUUGUAACUGAAGGGAACUGUGAGAGUUCAGAAAGUCUUGCAAAUGAGGCUCCAUCCAGUGAACUUAAAGAAAAAUGGGAGAAGUACUGGAGCGAGUAUGGAGAGGGCCUUCUUUGGCAAAGCUGGCUGGAGAAGCAUCAGGAGGUCUCAUUGUCUGAAGCCACAACAGCCUCGGAACCUUGGAGUAAUCCAGACACCAGGGAAGAGUGGGAUCAGCAUUACAGUGAAUUGUACUGGUAUUACUGGGAACAGUUUCAGUACUGGACAAAUCAGGGAUGGACUACUGAGAGUUCACACGGUGACAACAUGGAAGCUAAUGGUGUUAUCCAGGAGAUGGGUCUUUCGGGCAAAAUGGAUGUAGUUAGCCCAGGGGCUGAACACAGUGAAGUGCUGAGCUUGGAGCUGUCUCCCUCUGACACCAGAAGUGAGGAAACACUCCCUUCAAGUGCUGAGCUCCACAGUGAAAUAACCUCUGGGAUUUGUAAUUUAAAUCUGAAUUUGGAGGGAGUAGAGCAGAACAGCGCAGCUCUAACAGUAGUCCAACAAGGUCCUCAAGAGCAUAGAUCAUCUGACAGUGAAAGCCAGGAGGAGCCCUGUGAUGGAGGAACCAUGAAAAGGAGUGCAUCUCGUGAAAAUAAAAGUAUUAACCACACAGGUUCACAAGAGUCAUGUAGAUCAAAUUCAAAUGGCAAAGAACAGUUGCUGCUUCAUGACCAAGAUGAAGACGAGGAUGAAGAGCCUCCUGAGUACAGACAUGCCAAAGUCAAAAGAAGCCAUGAAUUGGAUGUGGAUGAGAACCCAGUGGAAGACCCUGAGGAAACCUGCUCUAUUUUGGGUUUCAAGUGUGGCACAGGACAAAAGUAUGGUGGAAUUCCAGAUUUCACCCACCGAACUGUGCAAUACUUGGAGAAAAAGGCAAAACUCAAGUCCAAAUUCUUGGAUAUGCGUAAACCAAGGAAGAGCAAAAAUACACACAUCUUCUUUACAGAGGAAUUUGAAAUGUCUUGCAAAAAAAAUAAAACUUUGAAGAAGGUGGAAGCAUUCCUAAAGCAGGUUAAUAAGGCUGAGGAGGAAGCCACAUCCCAGACAGCCUCCCCUCAAGGUAAAGCAGAGGCAUCAUCUGCAAGCAGCGACUCGGAGGAUCAGGGAAGCAUUGCUGCCACACAGACUGUGACACUGAAUGCUGAAAACCAAAAGCCAUCGUCUUCCAGCACAGCUGUUUGUGAGCCUGGAAGGAGUAACCUUGAGGAGGAAGCGCAGGAUGCGGCAGCGAGCAGCUCAGAUCGCCAGGGCGUGGGGAGGCAGGAGCCUGACUGCGGGCGGCAGCUCGUCCCUCUGGAUAUUCCCGAUUAUCUCCGGGCAGAGGCAGAGGAUGUCAGCCAAGUUUUAGAUGAAAAAACUACUGCAAAGAAGAAGGAGAAAAAAAGGAGGAGAAGAAAUAAAAUUGCACUGGGAGCUAUACCUGCCGAGAUUGCUGCUGAUCCAGAGCUGGCCAAGUACUGGGCACAGCGCUACCGGCUGUUCUCUCGGUUUGACGAGGGAAUUAAACUGGACAGAG